UGUCACAAUGCCAGCUUUUAUUUUUCCGCCAAUUUAGAGAUUUUCUAUAAAAGCGUAUUUUAGAUGUGGACCUGAACUUAGUUAGUUAAAGACUUAAUUUGACAAUACAAUGCGUGCCUAUCUGCUGCUUGCCCUUUUCGGAUGUGUGCUCUUGGCCACAGUGUCCGCAAAUCCAGUGGAUAUCGACGACUUGGAGGACUUCGAGGAGGAGAAACGAAUUGCCGAUGAGCAGGAUAAUAAGGAUAAGGAUGACGAGGAGGACGAUGAGGAUACAAAUGAACCCGAGUCCGACGACGAGUCUGAGGAACCCGAAUCCCAGGAUGAUAGCUCUGAUGAUGAAUCCCAAAACAAUGAUGAAUCCCAGAACAACGAAGAUUCCGAAAGCGACGAGAGCAACCAGAACAAUCAAGAAGAGUAACUCUAAUGGGAAUCAACACUUUCCAUUAAUUUAUUGUUCUUAUCUACACGCUUCUACCUUCCAACGGUUGUUAGACGUUUAAACAACUGUUUACACAGCAGAACACAGUUCAUCUCCGACAACCAAAUAAGUAAAUGUUUUUAUAUUACUCUAGCAAAUACACACAUUUCUGGAAACACCCGUGAUCAUAGUUGUUGCUUCUUAGCUAAACUUCUUUUAAUA